GUUGCAGUGUGUGUAUAUACACAACAUCAAGAGCAGGAAAAUGGACUCAUUAGGGAGGCAGGCAGUCAUUACCACUCACACUGUACUUCCAGGGAGACACCGAUUAUAAGAAGAGAAACUCAGCGCUGGGGAAGAAGACAAAUAAAAAGAAGUGUUAAGAAUUGCCUUUGGGACUCUGAAGGCUGAAGAAUUGAUAAAUUGCAAGUUUGUGCCCCAUAGCUGCACAGACUGCCUGAAGUUACAUUUAGAGACUGAAAUCACUGCACCUUAAAAACAAAAGAUUGAGCUGCACUGUAUUCCUAAUGUUUCAUCAUUACUAACAGGAUAUCCCUCAUGACAUUGCUGUCUGAUCUUUGACCGUCAGUCUGUAACCUGCCCCUUCUCUUUAUAUGCAGCCGCUCUCUGCUCCCUGCCCCAAUGAACAUCUGCACUAGGCCCAAGCCUUGGAGUAAUUUACCUGAAGAGUGACACCAUUGAUUUUGAAACUACUAUGAGGAAACUGAAGCCCAGAGAGGUGAAGUGAGGUGCCCAAGGCCACACAGCAAGUUAGAGGCACAGCUAGUACGGUAGCUCAAGUCUCCUGACUCCCAGUCCAGUGCUCCUCCCAUUACUCCACGAGUCCUGUCUCUAAGCUUCCUGACAAAUGCUAGAACGGAAGAAACCCAAGACAGCUGAAAACCAGAAGGCAUCUGAGGAGAAUGAGAUUACUCAGCCGGGUGGAUCCAGCGCCAAGCCGGGCCUUCCCUGCCUGAACUUUGAAGCUGUUUUGUCUCCAGACCCAGCCCUCAUCCACUCAACACAUUCACUGACAAACUCUCACGCUCACACCGGGUCAUCUGAUUGUGACAUCAGUUGCAAGGGGAUGACCGAGCGCAUUCACAGCAUCAACCUUCACAACUUCAGCAAUUCCGUGCUCGAGACCCUCAACGAGCAGCGCAACCGUGGCCACUUCUGUGACGUAACGGUGCGCAUCCACGGGAGCAUGCUGCGCGCACACCGCUGCGUGCUGGCAGCCGGCAGCCCCUUCUUCCAGGACAAACUGCUGCUUGGCUACAGCGACAUCGAGAUCCCGUCGGUGGUGUCAGUGCAGUCAGUGCAAAAGCUCAUUGACUUCAUGUACAGCGGCGUGCUACGGGUCUCGCAGUCGGAAGCUCUGCAGAUCCUCACGGCCGCCAGCAUCCUGCAGAUCAAAACAGUCAUCGACGAGUGCACGCGCAUCGUGUCACAGAACGUGGGCGAUGUGUUCCCGGGGAUCCAGGACUCGGGCCAGGACACGCCGCGAGGCACUCCCGAGUCAGGCACAUCAGGCCAGAGCAGCGACACGGAGUCGGGCUACCUGCAGAGCCACCCACAGCACAGCGUGGACAGGAUCUACUCGGCACUCUACGCGUGCUCCAUGCAGAAUGGCAGCGGCGAGCGCUCUUUUUACAGCGGCGCAGUGGUCAGCCACCACGAGACUGCGCUCGGCCUGCCCCGCGACCACCACAUGGAAGAUCCCAGCUGGAUCACACGCAUCCAUGAGCGCUCGCAGCAGAUGGAGCGCUACCUGUCCACCACCCCCGAGACCACGCACUGCCGCAAGCAGCCCCGGCCUGUGCGUAUCCAGACCCUAGUGGGCAACAUCCACAUCAAGCAGGAGAUGGAGGACGAUUACGACUACUACGGACAACAAAGGGUGCAGAUCCUAGAACGCAAUGAAUCCGAGGAGUGCACGGAAGACACAGACCAGGCCGAGGGCACGGAGAGUGAGCCCAAAGGUGAAAGCUUCGACUCGGGCGUCAGCUCCUCCAUAGGCACCGAGCCUGACUCGGUGGAGCAGCAGUUUGGGCCUGGGGCGGCGCGGGACAGCCAGGCUGAACCCGCCCAACCCGAGCAGGCUGCAGAAGCCCCCGCCGAGGGUGGUCCGCAGACAAACCAGCUAGAAACAGGUGCUUCCUCUCCGGAGAGAAGCAAUGAAGUGGAGAUGGACAACACUGUUAUCACUGUCAGCAACAGCUCCGACAAGAGCGUCCUACAACAGCCUUCGGUCAACACGUCCAUCGGGCAGCCAUUGCCAAGUACCCAGCUCUACUUACGCCAGACAGAAACCCUCACCAGCAACCUGAGGAUGCCUCUGACCUUGACCAGCAACACACAGGUCAUUGGCACAGCUGGCAACACCUACCUGCCAGCCCUCUUCACUACCCAGCCCGCGGGCAGUGGCCCCAAGCCUUUCCUCUUCAGCCUGCCACAGCCCCUGGCAGGCCAGCAGACCCAGUUUGUGACAGUGUCCCAGCCCGGCCUGUCGACCUUUACUGCACAGCUGCCAGCGCCACAGCCCCUGGCCUCAUCCGCAGGCCACAGCACAGCCAGUGGGCAAGGCGAAAAAAAGCCUUAUGAGUGCACUCUCUGCAACAAGACUUUCACCGCCAAACAGAACUACGUCAAGCACAUGUUCGUACACACAGGUGAGAAGCCCCACCAAUGCAGCAUCUGUUGGCGCUCCUUCUCCUUAAAGGAUUACCUUAUCAAGCACAUGGUGACACACACAGGGGUGAGGGCAUACCAGUGUAGUAUCUGCAACAAGCGCUUCACCCAGAAGAGCUCCCUCAAUGUGCACAUGCGCCUCCACCGGGGAGAGAAGUCCUACGAGUGCUACAUCUGCAAAAAGAAGUUCUCUCACAAGACCCUCCUGGAGCGACACGUGGCCCUGCACAGUGCCAGCAAUGGGACCCCCCCUGCAGGCACACCCCCAGGUGCCCGCGCUGGCCCCCCAGGCGUGGUGGCCUGCACGGAGGGGACCACUUAUGUCUGCUCCGUCUGCCCAGCAAAGUUUGACCAAAUCGAGCAGUUCAACGACCACAUGAGGAUGCAUGUGUCUGACGGAUAAGUAGUAUCUUUCUCUCUUUCUUAUGAACAAAACAAAACAACAACAAAAAACAAACAAACAAAAAAGCUAUGGCACUAGAAUUUAAGAAAUGUUUUGGUUUCAUUUUUACUUUCUGUUUUUGUUUUUGUUUCGUUUCAUUUUGUACUACAUGAAGAACUGUUUUUUGCCUGCUGGUACAUUACAUUUCCGGAGGCUUGGGUGAAUAAUAGUUUUCCCAGUCUCCCUCGGAUGGUGGCCUUAAGGCCUGGUAGUGCUUCAAGAGGUCCACUGGUUGGAUCUCUAGCUACUGGCCUCUAAAUACAACCCUUCUUUACAAAAAAAUCUUUUAAAAAAAAAGUAAAAAAAAAAAAAAAAUUUCCACUUGUGAAGAGCACUACAAAAAAUAUAUAACAAAAUCUAAAAGGCCUACUGUCUUUAAGUACACCGCUUGCAGUGUUUCAGUGGACAUUUUCACAAUUCUGGCCGCUUGGACUUCACAGUAACCAGUUAAAACUGUGGAAUAUCACUUCUGGUUGAAAACCCAGAGGAAAGGCCCUGCUGUUUUCCACCUACCACGUUGUCUGAUUUCAUAAAAGGGCUGUGGGGGUGGGAAGGGCAGUGGGUUCGGUGGUGUGGGAAAGAAAGACGAAUGGCAGGCUUCUUCCCCAGAUUCUGCCCGGGUCCACACACCCUGGCCCACCUUCUCCAUAUCCCCCUCUUGCAGCAGAAGCCAGGAAGACUUGGACAAGCAACAAGCAACAGUGGCUAUCGUAUUUAUUCAGUGUCUUCGCUGAGCCACAGCCUCAGCACAAUCAAGAGGGACUUUCAUGAAAGGCAGGAAUGCAGAUAAAACAAAGAUAUCAGAAAUUUGCACCUAUGUUUCUAGGUACAAGAGAAGGAUUAUUUCCAACAAUCUUUGCAAAAAAAAAAGUGUCAGGAUAUAUUCUUGUGGAAGAGAAAAAGAAAGAGAAAUGGAGGGUGGGGGGAACAAUAAAAAGUUCUUGAGGCUUUUUUAAUUCAAAAUUUUAUAGAGGGGCAAAAGUGACGUUUACCAGAUAGAAUGCUGAUUUUUUUAAUAUAUUUACAACAGUAUUUGUGUAAAAAAAAAACAAAAAAAGUGAAAUUGUUAAAAGUAAUUUUUUUCAUUUUGGUUUUGCAUACACUGCCACCAAUUCCUUCUCUUUUAUUUUAUUUCACACACAUAUAUAUAUUUUUUGGUAAGUCAAGACUGUUAAGGUUAGCGAUACUGCUUCCAGAUAGAAAGAAUAAAAGGCAACUAAAGUUAUAUUUGAAAGAGAGGAAGGAUAUUUUCUUCAUAUUUUUUUUAAUUUUUCUUAAUUUUUAUUAUUUUAAGUAUUGCCUGGGUUGAUGAGGGCCUCUGUGGCCAGCCCAUCCCUGCUGUAAUUUGAAUUGCUGCUUUGUAUUUUGAUAUGUAGUUCUUUGACUUUAGCAAGCUUAAGUUGCCCCACUGAAUAAUUUUUUCAACUGAUUCAUCUAGAAUUCUGUUCUUUUUCAUGGAAGAGACUUUAUCUUUCAGAAAGAGAUUGCUUGCUUCUCCAAAAUUUCACUGAGAUCGUACAAUUCUAGAAUUUCUAUUGACUUUACUUUUUUUCUUGGUGAAACACUAGUAGUCUAGAAGUCUUGAUAAACGGGGUCUUUUCUUUUGUGAUCAGCCAGGAAGAGGAGUUCACAAAACUCUGCCAUAGCUCCUCACCCUUCCCAGCUACAAAGAGCAUCAUUAUGAGAAGCCUGUUACAGAUCAAGAUGCAUUGAUGCCAAAAUUACUUUUUUCCUUUCAAAUAUCACCUUCUGACUGUUUCCACCAUGGUUAAGAGGGCUAAAUAAGAUGAUCAUUCUUUAGAUGACGAAUUAACCCUUGCUUCUUGGAAAGGGUUUAGGGAAAUUAACAAAAAAAUUCCCAGAUGCCAACAGCCACCAUUCAAAAGACCACCAAUCUAUUGCAUCAUACCAGAUGCCACUCUCUCUUCCUAGUAGGGAUUUCUCUCCUCGGUCCUGAUCAAGGUAUUAUAAUAGAGACAUUUUCAUUAUAGACAGUGUCCUGAAGGGAUUCCAGCUCAAAUAUAGGAAUUCUUAAACCUAGCUGAAACUCCCAAAGUGAUUUCAUUGCUGGGCAUAUUUUAACAUACUUAGGGGAAAGCAAAUCUUUAAACAAAGCAAAACACCAAACUACAGUUUUAAAAAGAAGAAAGGAGAGAGUAUUUUAGUUUCAAAAUUACAUUACAUUUUAAUUUAAUUUUCCUUCUAAUUUUCCUGUCAGCAUUUUAUUUACAAAAACUGUGCAGCAAACGAGGGAAAAUCUUCCAACACAAACAACUCUGUAAUGACUAAAUUGGUUUUAUUCAUAUAUUUUAGACAUUUGGUUAACUUGGAUCUUUUUCAUAAGUUCUUUGUGAUGCUUUGUAAGGUUAGUGUAACUGAAGUGUUUGUGAGUUUGAUUUGGUCCCACAGUGCUUAAUUCAGUGGAUAUUUUGCUAGAAGUUUUAAUGUAAACUUGGGUGGUUAACUGACUAUUGAGUAUAACCUACUGUGAUUUCUAAGAGGAGUCCUACCAAGAACUGUGUGUCCAAAACUGAUCUGUUUUAACAGUUAGUGAGGAACAGCUUCCGAGAUAAAGUAAGUUCAUUUUUCUAUUGCUAAUUUUGCUUUUUAAAAUAGCAGUGUUGUAAGACUAAUAUUUCCACUUACCACCAAUAGGGGGAGCAUUAAUGAACUAUGUCAUGGAAUUGUUUUGAUAUUUUGGAAAACAAGUGAUUCCACCUAUAAAAUGAAAAGAGAAGAUUGACCUUAAGAAAAAAGCUCUUAAAGCUAGAAGACAAUGACAUGAAAUCACUCAAUACAUGUUAUAAAUGAAAGAAGGCCAAAAGCCACUUCAAAAUAUUUUUAACUGUUUCACAGUAGAUUUGAAAGUGUCUUUGUUCAAAUUUAGCAAAGUCGGAAGAAUUUUCACUAAUACCUCCUGAAAAGUUGAUCUUAGGUGCCACUAUGGGCCACAUGUAGCUUUCUGUUUCUCAAAUCCGAGAGAGACCCAUUUGCCUUAAUGCUGAUUUGCCAUGUAAAAUGCUAAGCAAUUGGGUUAGAAUCCACCUUUUCUUUUGGUAGAACAUGUAGAGAAAAAGCUGCAGGUGACUUGAAACCCUGAGGAGUCUAUCAUCCUUUCCCUGUAAAGGAAGUGUCUCUUAAAAAAAAAAGGGAGUGGGAGAGGAGGUGGAGGAUCCCUAAAGAAUUCUUAAUGAGGUGAUAUAAUCAUUGUAGUCCACGACAAAAUGGACCAGCCAGGUUUGCAUAGUAGUAGACAUAUUCCUACUGUAUGUUUAUCCUUCCCAAACAUGUCACAUUCUAAAAUAGUUGACACAUUAUUUUGUGGAAAGAGGAAGAAGCUGGAUUGGAGUGGGAGAUCUAAUCUGGAGGAGCAAAGAGGUAGUUGUUUAUUGCUAUGUUCCUGGCCCAUCAAAUGGCCACUUUCCAAACUGAUCCACAUUUUAGGAAAUAAACCAAUCUAGAACUGUUUCAAAAGGAUAGAGAUGCUUUUAGAUUGUCAAUUCUCACUUUUAAGUUAAACAAUCACAAAUAUCGUUAGAAAUAGGGAAAGACAUUUGCUUCAAAAUCAGAGAAUGAGUGUGGAUCUUUUUAAUUUUUUUUUGUUUCAAGUCCUACAGUCAUCUUACAUUUAGACGAUCAUGGUAGGGUGAUAUGAGUGCUAAAAAAAUUUCUUUCUAGUAGCCAGGAAACAGAUAGAUAAGAUAAAAGCAAAUGUUCCAGAUUUAAGACUUCUUAGGAUAAGUACAAGGAAGAGAGAAAUAGUACGGAAAGGACAUUUUUUAACAAUUUAUAAUUUUAAAAUGGAAUUUGCCAAACAAGGGAAAGGAAAAAAAGUCAAAGGGGAAUUUUUAUCUCAAGAUAUUUAGAUAUGGUUUAUAAAAAAAUAAUAUUUUCUAACACUAAAAACAUUGGUAUUAUCUCAGCAUCAUGGGCAAUUUUUCCUUAUUACAUGCCAAUAUUUGUACAAAAAAGGCCCCCAAAUGUGUGAAAUAUAAUCCUAAAAAAGAAAAUAAUGGGAACACAUGGAUCUGAUACAGCUGUACACAGGGGGAACAACUGAGAAACAAGCUAAGCAAAAAAAAAAAAAAUCUGAAAUGAAAAUCUCUGUAUCAAAAUGGUUUCCUGUAUCUUUUAAUUGAGAGGUAAACUGUAGCUCCUAAUAACAGUUUUAUAGACCGUUCUCUUCCCAAAUUCCUAAUGCUUUGAAUCUAUUUGUGCCAUGAUUAAGUGUGCUGGAUAAUUUCCUGCUCAUAUUCUAGCCGCAGUUCAUUCCUAGUCAUCUGAGAGAUCAUAGUAGCUCUUGGCCUUAGAAAGACUUGGGUUUGCUGUGUUUAAAAGUCAUAAGGGUUUUAUUUUGUAUCACCAAAAUAUUCUAUAAGGUCCCAAAAUACUCUUUUUCAACCCAUGAACAGUAAGAAUUUGUGAAUUCUGAUAAUGAAAAGAGAAAAGUUUUCCUCCAGGUAUGUUUGUUUCACAUUCAAUCCUAAAGCCUUGAGCUGUGUACUUCCCUCACACAAGCACACCAGCUGUCUGUGCUCUGCCCGCGCCCAAAACUCAAUGUUUUCUCUCAGCACAGAAGUCAAAAAUGAGGUAUGCCCCUUAUAAAACCCUUUCGAUUCCUGAGAAAACAUAAUAAAGCCUUAUGUCGCUUCCUCGUUGAGGCUCCUCCACAAUGCUCCCAACACCUGUGACCCCUAGGAAAACAGGGAGCAAGGUAGAUCUGACCAGGAGUCACGGGAUAUACACCCAUUCUGGAGCUUUCCUCUGUUGUUCUAGAAGAUGUUAUUUGAUUAGUUGGGGCUGGGAGCAGGGGAUAUAUGAUUUUGCAGAAAAGGUAUCAGAUAAUCAAAUCAGGUCUGCCUCUGCUAUAGCCAGUGUGCUGCUGCAUCAAAAGGGAACAAAAGGAAGGUGCAACGUAAGAGCAGACACAACCUGAGAUGCCCUUGAGAUUUAGGAGAACAGGAGGGUGCCCUUUCUGUUGUGACCUGACUCUUAAAAGAAAUCUUCUAAAAGAAUUUUUUAAUUUGGUAAUGAGUUGAAGUCCAGGGUAAUGGAAGCUCUAGGGCAGAGAACAAAAGAAUUGCAAAAUGUAUUCAGCACCCAACAAUGCUAAACCAAGAAACAUCCAAUCACAAAACUAGGAAGUUUGGCAAGAAGUGGUUAGAGAAAUCUCUGGGCUUUUCCAUGGGUAGGAUCGACAGACUCUCUUUUCAGUGAUUUCUGGCUCUGAGAAACCUCUUUACUCACUAGAAAAGAACUUUAUUUAAAUGGCCAAUUUUGUUCCUCAGAAAAAGAAAUUUAAAAAAAAGAAAAAUAGGAUACUGAAGGCAGAACCAUGUGACUUGGUGACAAACAAAAGGAAGGGUGCACUAGAAUUUCAAUAGGCUCCCUAAUUCCAUAGAAAAAGCAAAGCAACCCAAUGCCUCCUGAGCCUGCAGUGCAUGAAGAGAGUGCUUGAGCUGACCCAGCCACCAGGCCUUCUGGGGCUAGACAUAACUUCCCACUGGAACAGCAGCAGCCUCUUUCCCCUCUUUGUGUUUUCAUGAAGAAAACGGCUGUUCUUUUAAGUACCCAGGAAAUAGAUUACAUGGGGCAAACUUUCAAAAGCAAUCUCUACCCUGGUGCUCAGGCUACAUAUAGAGGCAGAAAAGGGGCAUGGAAGAGCCCUUGCUCUUGAGAGAGUAUUUUCAUAUUCCCAAGGGCUUUCUGUGUAGAGUUGCUAUUUCUGACAUCACUUAAACCUUUACAAGAAAAAAGGCUGUGGUGACUCAGUGUUCCUAUAAAUUCAGAAUGUGGAAACUACUAAUCCAAAGCAUCAUUUCUGGCACUGAGUAUCAGGACGAUCAGCCUGACCAAAAUAUUCCAAAGACUUUUCUAAGUCUCUGAAGUUUUUUUUUCUCCUUGAACACUGAGUCUAUAGUAGUCAGCAAUGUACCUUAGCAGAUCCCCGGGAAUGGUUAUGGAACAGUAGGGCUUGUUUCCAUCCUUUUUAGAGUGAAGAGAUAGAAAAUUAGGGCUACAUAGUGUGGAUUCUUUUUCAGAACUAUGUAUUUUCUCCUCACAGCAUGGUGGGUAAAAAUGCCCUGGGUUGAAACAAGAAACAUGAUCUUUCCAUACCACUGACUAAAACACCUGCCAUUCUAGUGGUUUCUUUAGGCUCCACCUUUUGCUCCAUAAACUGUAGACUUUCAGACUGAAAUCUAAUCUUAAGUGACCUCAAUUAAGGUAUUUUCACAAAAGGCUACUUAUAGUAUAGCAUUAUUGCCUUAAAUCAGAAAGCCCUGGGAAGAGGAUAAAAGAUAUAGAAAUGAGAAGGCUCUGAAGUUAUAGGCAUUUCUUGCUGUUUAAUAGUUACAUUAUCACAAAAACAAGCCCUAUUCGUGAUUGAGGACUAUGGAAACAGUGACUUCUUGGGGAGGUACCAAACUUUCCUAGAACUGGCUACUCUCAGAUAGUGGCUGCUAUUUCCUAUUCUAUUUCAGUGACGUAGGUUGGGGCUGAAUGUAAAACAGACAUCAUAUUACUAAAUAGAAUCCUAUAAAAUGUAAUCACAGGUGCCUGGGGGUACUAGUUUUAAACAUUUCCUUAACAAGGAGAAUAAUCCCAGCAAAAAGCUUUUUCUCUAUACAGUGUAUAUCUCUAAACUUUUUUUUCCUCAGUUUUAGAGAACAUCUCUUUUAUCUGGUGGUUCUUUGCUUGAAUGCAAACUCAUAACUUUGAAGUCUCCAGUGCAAGAGCAUAAUCUACAGAUCACAGGCAAAAUCUAGGCACAGUCCUGAGAGUCCAGGCUUCUGGGAUGCCCAAUGAGGGUAUAAAAGUCCCUACUAACCCUCUUUCAAAUUCAGAGAUUUCUUUGGUUUAGAAUGCCUCAAUGAGAUUUUGAUACAUCCAACAGAGAAAAAAAAAAAAAGACCUUGGGGGCAUCUGUUUCUACUAGUGUUGCAACAGUUGUUAUUACCCAGCAAAAUCAUUGCAAUUUAUAUGUAGAUUCUAAUAAUGAAAGAGUCUUAACCCAUCCAGUAUGUCACCGCUGCUAUCCAAAAUGUCUAUAAAUGAGUAUACAUUAUUUAUACAUGUGCACACACAGUGUGAGCUUCCCUCAGCACAAAACUGUUUCACAUUCAUAUUGCCCAGUGACAACAAGAUACAUUUUUGAACUUCUGGUUAGGAGUCGAAGGUCUGACAUAUCUCACAUAUCUGCUUAUGCUUUGUUGCCUUAGUUGGGUGCAUCAGUAUCUGUGAUGAGACUUUAGGGCAUUCUGAAGGAGCCCAACCAUCAGUAAUUUCUAUGUAUCCCUUUCAUGAGAAACUUGAAUAUGCUUAUGUGGAGUAGAGUGCAUUUAACAAACUCUACAGUUCUAUUGGAUUCAUUGACAUGUGUGUGCAUGUGUGUGUUUGUGUAUAUACUUAUUGUCAUCUGGAAGUGUGUGUGCCCCCCAAAUGAAGCACACACAGGCAGAGGUCCUUGUGCAUAGAUACAGUUGCCUCUUCCCACCAUUGUGUUUAAGACUUGUGGCUCCCUUCCCAGGAAGCAGUCACCUGCCCACUCUGUUGCUUUUUGUAGUGUUUCAGAAUUGGGAGAAACAAAUGCAGCUUGUUGAAUCCACAGCAAACCCACAGGGACAGGCUGUUUUCCUCCAUAAUAAGGUAUAACAGAAGUCUUCAACUGGUGAGCAGACAAGAGGGAGCAGCAGUCCAGGGCAUCUCCCCAGGUCUCCUGGAGGUGGUGGGGGUGGGGACCAAUGCCAGGCAGGCAAAGCCCACACAAACUUUGGCCUGAGCCAUCCCAUAGCUCAAAGGUCUUCACUCCUUUCCUCUAUGCAAUGCAGUGUGCUCACACACACACACAUAAAUUUUAUUCUCAAACUAAAGCUUCCUAAUUCUGCCUGUACUCACAAGAUAUCAUCGUAAUUCACAAACUGUGUCUCCUGAAACCAACGUGGCCUUUGCCAAAGUCUUUCCAGGAGUGGGUUGUUUACCAUGUCUAGCAAACCAAUAGACUAUUUGGGGGGAAUAUUUUUUGGUAAUCUCUAGGAAUUGAUUGCUCUUGCCCAUCUCAAACAUUGAAGUAGAAUGCUACUCUAGUAUAAUAUGCUGAAUGAAUGGACUCUGAAGGCUUGGUGGCCUGGAAUUCAGGAUUCAGUUUUCUCACUCCCAUGCCCUUCUUUUACUAGAUGGUUUGUUAUUUUUUAUGACUUGUAGAUUAUUUCUGCUUUACAGAAGUCAAAGGACAUUUUCUUUCCUCUUCUAUUCUGGUGACUUUUCCCUUUCCCCUGUUAAGUAAGGCUACUUACAGUUGCAACUUUUUUGUCGUUAUUACUUUUUAAAAUGUAUAUUGUCUUUCUAUAUCCAAAAGAAGUCUGUGACUGUAACCAUAGGUAUUUCUUUUUACUGGAAAAACAGUUAGUUGUUUUGGUUUUAUUUUUUCUUUUAAUUAACAGUACUAGUGACUUUGUGAAAGAAUAUGAGUUACUAUUUAGGUAUGCUUACUUAAGUACAAUACACUACAUUGCAGUAUUUCUGAAACCUAGGACAUACACAUUAUAUAUAACAACUCUAUAUUGAAAUAUAUAUUACAUUAUAUUCAUUUUAACUUUUGAAUCUGCCUAUGAUCAUGAGUUGAUUGAAAUAUUAUGUCUUUGCAUAUAUCACCCAUCACCAACCUGCUGCAGUUAAUCUGGUGCAUUUAGUAAUAAUCAUUAGUGCUCUAAUUUGCUUUUUAUAUUAUCAGCUUCAGUAUUGUCUUUAGAGGAUUUUAGAAUUUUUUAAAGCUCAGACUUAGCAAAUGUAGGAAAGUGAAAACUUUUUUUGAAACUUUUUUGUUGGUGUGACUAAUACAAAGAGGUUCAUAUUCAAAGUGAUCUUGUUUAGCUGACCCACUCAAUAUCUGAAGAACAAAAGAGGUGCAUAUGAAUGUAUCUGUGAUUUUCCCCUGUAGGACUGUCACUGUCUAUAUUUGCUUUUAAAAAUAUGAUCAAGGGGCUACUUAAGUGCCACAUGAUCUGACCAACAAUAACAGGCUGCGUUUCAAAGGGCCAGUCUUCUGAAAAGCGUAAGACAGUGAAUUACCUAGUUGUCCCCACUGUAUUCUCAAACAUUCAUUUUAAUACUGGUUCUUUACACUUUCUUUUUUCAGUGCGCUUAGAAUUAUUUUAACUAGUCUUCAACCUUUCCCUGGAGGCAGCUUGGCAGCUGGGAGUUUUUUUUUCAAAAAACUAAAACCAGAGUUUCAGGAACUCUUUAUCCACAGAGGCUAAUAGAAAUAGAAUUUGGAAAUAUCCAUCUGAGACAUUUUUAAAUCUGAGGAAUCCAUAAAAUUGUGGCUCUUGGGUAUCCAGCCCUGAGGAUCUCCAUUUACCUGUUAAAGUGAGGAUUUGGUGCCUUUCUUCUUUAGUCGGGCCAUCAAGAAAACUUCAGAAAUCAGGCAUCCUGUCUUCCUAUACAAUAAAUAUUUUCAGAUCAUAUUUUCAGAUAAAAGAGUUUCUUCAGCUUCCCUCAGCUAUUCAACCCAACGCAUGGAAAGCCUCAGUUGAAUAAACUUUUCCACCAUCCUGGGUGCCUGAAACUAGUGUCCUUCUGCACUUCUACAUUCAGGACAAAAUGAAGUCAGCUUUUUAAAACCUCAGUAUAAAAGACCCCCUCACACUGGUCCAAUAUGAAGACUUCUCAGCGUGAACACGGUGGAAUUCCUUUCUUUCAUCUUUCCUAAUAGAUUGUUGUUUUCUAAUCCCAUCCCAUUCUGCUGUGCCUCUCCAGCAAGUCCCUUUUCACCUUAGCCAAGCUCCCUGCAAUGCUCUCCAGUUGUGAAGCCUUGUAUUCACUAAGGAACUACGUACUCUUAGUCUGCUUUGAAAGGGCUAAUGUCUAGUGUAAUGGCAAAAUUACCAAUCUGUUCUCCAAAGUGUUCCAGCAGAUAUAUUUCUACUAGACAAACAUAAUUGUGAAUUGGCUGUUAGUGAGGCUGUUUCUUCUCUAAUGAUCACAUAAUAUCCAAAUUAUAUCAACUUCAUUAUUUCCCUCUUUCCUUUUCCUAACCCUUUCCCUUUAUUUCUUGUUUCUCUUGAAGACUACUUCAAAUUACCUAUUCGUCUUCAUUACUGCCCCCAAAACUCUAAUAAUUGUGACCCCCAACUGUUCGUUUCUCUUCCUUUCUCCACCCCAUUCUGAACAUCCUUAAGUUUUAUUUAAUGAAAGAACACUAAAGUGAGUGAGUUCAUAAACUUGAGACUCGUAGGCAGAGUGAAGCAUGUCUUCAUUUUAGCUUCAGAGUUUAAAAGUUAUCAAUAUUCUUUUGAGAGUGGGAGGACCUGAGUCACAGUUUUAAAUGUCAACUGUACUAGCUGAGGUCAUUAAUUCCCCUUACCUUCACGUUUGGCCAAAAAUGAAGAGAAAAAUAUUUUCUGUUUUUUUUUUUAAAUACCACAGUGUUCAGGUUCUUGAUAUGAGUAAACCACUUUUGACGGAGAAAAAAAAAUCAUUAAUGUUGACUGUUUCCACUAGUCAAAUUACUUGUUUAUCAGACUUUAGAUUAUAGGAAUCUAAAGAAAAGAGUAACAUUUUGAAAUAAUUUUGAUAACUGUUCAAGCCUUAGUGAGCUCUUCUCAAACAAGAAAAGCCACAUCCACUUGAACACAUUGUAGGAAAAAUUAGGAAGAAUUUUUUUAUUUAUUGCCUUUUGGAAAAAAAAAUCAUUGAUUGGUUUAGAACCUUGAGCAGUAACUUACUAAUGGAUGAAAAGAUCCAUAAAGUUUUGAAAGUGUCUGUUUUUGCAACCAGAGAUUGCCUGAACAUAAACUUAAUAUAUGCUUAAAUAAAAUAAUAACAGAGCUAAAUGGAUACCUAAAGAGCCAUGCAGUGCACUCCCCAGCACCUAAAUACUCCCCAUAUAAUUUGGUUGUCAUGCUAGAUCUCACUGCAGUGGAUUACAACUGUCUGGUCACCAGAGCAUUGCCCAAAAGACUGACUGAUACCAUUCUGGGUGUAUCCCUUUCAGGAUGCUUAUAAUGUCACAUUCACAACAACUUUGUAACACAAUCUUUCCUGACUUCUGGUCCAAUAUUCUUGUCAUGAUACCACAUCGCCUCUCAGCUUUAAUGAAGACAAGUCCUGUGACAUUUAGAGUACUAUGUGGUUUUGAGUGCAUAGGCGGUAUGCUUUCAGUUCUUGCUUUACCCUUUGACAAAAAGAAUCAACAUUUAAUAUCAGAAAUGUAUUUUUAUUUGACUUGAGAUUUGACCCAGCUUUUAUCUUAAUCAAACCAGUUUAUAACAUCAACUCACACCGUAGAGAACAAUGAAAUAAAUAGCAGUUUUGAAAACCUUUAUGAGGCAUGCAUCUAGUAGGAAAACAACAUCUCUUAAAGGCAAUAUUUACGUUGCUUAGGACUGUGAUCUUCACUUGGAAUGUUCUCCCAAUCAAUCCUAUAUCCUUCUUUUUCUUUGUCCAUUCUAACUCCUGGUAAUUUUUUUUCUUGAAGUACUCUUUAUCUAAAGUAAUCCUCUCCUUAGGCACUGGCUUCCAAAGGAAGAAAGACUCUUUUAAAUCCUAAAAUGCUAUCAUUUAAAGUAUAAUAUGGAGAAGGAGAGGCUCUGGUUCUGAUAGAUCUUACUUGGUCCUCAAUCUGGGAUGACUUCUUGACGCUGUUCUUUCUAGUUCCCCAAGAAGUAUUCCAACCCCAAGACCCAGAAUUUCUCACCACAACCUCUGUGUUAGUCUCAGAUUAAUGUCUAAAUCCUGUUUGAUAUUCUAGAGACUCCAGGGUGUGAAUUUAUUAUUGCUUAUGAGCCUCCUGUCUUUCCAGGCUGACACCUGUCAGGAGCAUCAAUAGCCCUAACAGUAACUAAUGCAUCAAAAUAAUAGACAGAAACACUAUAGUAUAUAUUUGUGAGGACAGGAAGAUUUUUUUUUCUUCUUUUCUCCAUGAAAAAGCUUGCUUCACUCCCCUCUCCCUCUGCAACACACACACACACACAAUGCAUUUCAGAAAGUCUGCAUCUUAUUUUACAGAUAUGUAGCUCUAGAAUUUACAAAUAUAGCUUAGGAAAUGUUCUGAGAUUGAGGCUGGUAGCAAACAAGUUUAUUUUCUGCACUGGACUUCAGGAUAAGUGUGCAUAGAUGCAAUUCCUUCAAAGAAAGUGAAACAUGGUAGAGCAAAGGGAUAAUACUUUCACACAUUCAAACAGUUGUUUGCUAUCUAUAAACCUUGAUUUAAGCAUAAUUAUUACUUUUUGGAAAUCUGAAACUGGAGGAAUGUGUAUUUUAGUAAGGUUUGUUUGUUGAUUUAUUUGUUUCCCUUUCUCUCUUUCUUCUCAAGAUAGUAAAGGAUUUUUAUUUCUUAAUUUGAUACUGUUCAUGGACAGUCAAAUAACUGCUCACCCUUACUCUAUUAUUUUCCCCUUAGAAAGAAAAGCCUUCCAUCCUACCAUGAAGGAAUUUUUCCUCCACAAAAGUCUUAUCUUCCAUUUCAAAUAGCACUCAUAAGCUUUUAAGAGAGAAAUUCUCUCUUUACUUUGAGGAUAGAACAGUUAAAACAAAAACCUGUUCCUUGAGAAACAAACCCUAUUUACCUAAACUAACAGGUCUGGGGCCAAAGAAUAGAUUUUUUUAUUGAUUACAGAUGAAGACCAUGCAUUUUGUACUACAAAUCCUUACUGCCUCCUCAAAUCCUUUUUGGAAUAAGGCUGGGAAUAAAUUAGUUUAAUUAAAUUAUUUGGGUAUUUCUAAUUAAUAUCUACUGCAAGAUACCCAGGAAAGAAAAGGAAGGGGUGCUGCUAAAAUGCCAAAAUCAAUUGAUCUGUUGAUUUUUAUCCUUGUAGUUGUUGCUUUUCUAGCCAUUUCGAGGCUGUAUGUGUUCAUGAAGUCUUAAGUAGAGAAACAUCUGUUUGCCCAUUUCUUCUCUCUCCUUCCCCACACCCCUGCACCUACCCCAGCCCCAGGCACUAGAGGGAACAGUAACAGAGGGAGAUUGGCACUGCAUUGCCAGUACUUCACCCAUCUAUACCCCUCCACCACAAAAGAAGGAAAAAACAAAUUAGAAACUAUUUUUUUAAAAAAGGAAAUUGUAGUACUUCAUUUGAAAGCAUACUGUUUUCAACUCAACUCAAUUAACAGAUAGCCUGACAACGUUUUUGUAACCUGUCUUUUGUGCUAUAACUGACAUUCUUGGCUCAAUCUUUAAAAUAAUUGCAAUUUCAAUUAAGUGAACAGAGAAAAACAAAGAGAGGGAACAGGACAAUGUGAUGGGACCAAAUUUGAUACAGGUCUGGAUUCCUAAAGCCAGUUGUCAAGGUUACUGGAGAAAGUUAGCACUACUCACCCCUUGUUGUUCUUGCCUGUCUCUCAUUAUUACAAUUUGAAGAACUAGUAAGGUAACUAUACUUCUUUGUGAUUAAAGGUUUCUCUUCAUGCUGCCAAACACAUCUAGAGAAAUGGUAGAAACUCCUGACUUCUAUACCUAAUGUGCCGUCCGGGCACAAGAGGAGCGUACAGAGAGAUCACUGAAAACAAAAUAAUAGUUCAAAUUUGAGAUAAGAUUUUCCUGUAGUUCAAAGUGCUUUAUGCAUGUUCACAACUAGGGGAAUCUUUGAAAACAAAGGCUAGUUACUCUGCUCUUGCUCUCCUUGGGACAAACUUUAAUUUGGAACCAGCUGUAGAUUUAUAGGAGAAAAUUCUCAAAGUUAUUUUCAGCUGCUAAACUUCUUCUUUAGGCCCAUUGAUUUGAACCUCAGUUUUCCUGAGGAGCCUAUUGAGAUAUAAAUUAAGGGUAAUUUGCAUAUAUCUAAUUAAAAUUGUUCCUACACUAUUGUUGAAAGAAUUAUGGUUUUCAGAGUAGAUGAAAGCGGGGUGUCUUAGUAAUCUUCAUCAUGGCAAACAAAGGUGAGAAGCUGAUAUGAUAGAGAAAAUCUAUGGUAACUUGAUAUUUUAAGGUAAUUUGAGUGUGCUGACCCCACUAUGCUUUAUUCCUUUGUUCCCACAACCUAUUUUUUCUUAUGGUUUUUUUUUUAUUAUUAUUAUACUUUAAGUUUUAGGGUACGUGUGCACAAUGUGCAGGUUAGUUACAUAUGUAUACAUGUGCCAUGCUGGUGUGCUGCACCCAUUAACUCAUCAUUUAGCAUUAGGUAUAUCUCCUAAAGCUGUCCCUCCCGUCUCCCCCAACCCCACAACCAUCCCCAGAGUGUGAUGUUCCCCUUCCUGUGUCCAUGUGUUCUCAUUGUUCAAUUCCCACCUAUGAGUGAGAAUAUGCGGUGUUUGGUUUUUUGUUCUUGCGAUAGUUUACUGAGAAUGAUGAUUUCCAAUUUCAUCCAUGUCCCUACAAAGGACAUGAACUCGUCAUUUUUUUUAAACUACACUUUGAUUCUCUUGAGACUUACAGCAUGCAUGUGUGGGUAUGAGCAGACAAGCAGACUUACCUUUGGAGGGUGAAGACCCAGACAAACUGAAGAGACAGAUUCCUGAGGAUGAUCAAAUACAAAUAAUUUUUCCAAAUUCACUCAAUAUUGCCAUAUCCCAAACUAAUUCUAGACUAAUCUUUAGAAAGAAGUAAGCUCCUUAAGAAAUCCUACUAUGAAUGUUUUUUCUUCUUAUGGAAUAACACAAGAAGAGGUACAAUGCAGACUCUUAAUUUUGCUGUAAUAAUUCACUUUUAUAUUUAAUAAUUGUACUUCAGUGUGAGUGUGUCACUGAGCUAUUUGUACCAAUUUUCAAUUGAUCAUUCUGAGAGGGGCCUUGAGAAUUUCUGUGUAUGUGUAUGUAUAUCUGUAUUUAUGUGUAGUCAGAAAAAAAAAAGAAUAGGAGACUAAUGAGGUGAGGGAAAAAGUGAUCAAUGUAGAAAAGUGAGUGCUCCUAGUGUACCUAUUUAUGUUAUGUUAGGUGGCUGCUGCCUGUAGCCCUUGAGGAAUAGCUGAUUGCACUAUUCAAAAAUAAAAGCCCAGCACUGUUAAAUUUAGGACCGUGUUUCAAGAAACAGGAAAGCUUUAUCUUUUUCUGAACCCAUUCCCCUUAGCAUCAGAGCCAUCUGACAUGAUGAAAACUAUUAAGUAAAAACCACUACUGACCUUUACAUUAAAUAGCUGUUUUCCUCUUCUAAAUAAUACCCUUGACUUUAACUCGACUACUUUUUAUUUUCUGCCUAUUGGCUUAAUGUUUUACAGAAAAUACAUAGGUGCAUGCUAGUUUCUCUACUUUGAGCUGAAACAAACAGGAGCAACAAAAGAGAUGACUCACAUUAAGUGUGAGAUAGACUGAAUUUCCCACUUUUGUAGCACUGGUAACCUUUGUAAGAGCUGUUUAGAGUUGAGCUUUGGGUUAUAAUAGGGCUUUUUUUUGCACUAAAUAUGACUGCACUGCAUUGCACUACUGAAAUGUACUUACUUGUGCUGGGAGAGAGUGUGUUAUGUAUGGGAAAGAAAAAGGCAAAUUGUGGAAGUAGGAGCAUCACUAAAAUGCAGAGUUAUUUUCAUCAUGCUUGAUCUUAGCAGGGCUGGUGAGAAUCUGUGGAAUCUCUGUCAACUCUUGAUCAGGCCUAGGAACCGCCAUGCUGAUAGGAUCUGUUUUCUUAUUGUAAAGAAGCUGAGUUAGUACAGCAACUUAACAACCUUUAAGAAAAAGUUUACCCAAUCUUGUUUCCGACUGAGCUCUCAGUAAGAGUUUUAACAGUGAAGAAGCCAAUUGAUAUGAUGUAGAAGUCUUUGCCUUGGCCUACUCCACAAAGCCCCUUGCUUGUGCACAUUUUAGUGUGGCAGAGGGCAGUAGGAUGUGCUCUUUUCAAAAACACAUAGCCUUGUCCAUAUUGGAAUUACCCUUUCAGCCUGAUUAUGCUUCUCCAUCCCUGGGUGAAACCUAGAUCAGGCUAACCAAAGAGGAAGGCCAUGCAUGUGGUAAAGUCCUUUAAGAUGACAGAUAGGGAACAGUGCAAUAAACACUGAAAACCAGUGAAGUGAAAGGUUUAUUUUGAAACAGCUAGGCCAACUUGGACAUUGGAGGAAGGAUUGGAGGAUGGAUUAGAACAUACUAGCUGCUCCAUCAUAGACUAUCCUUACUAAGCAGAAGACCUUAAUAGUGCCUAAACGUUUAGUUUUGAAAUUGGUUUUUUCCCCAACUUUUCUUUGUUAAAUUUAUUUUUAUUAUUUUUUAAUCUUAGAAGUAAUCAGAGUUUGACAGCUCUUUAGUAACUGUUAAUAAAGAAUCUUUCAUCACAGGAUAAGCAAUAGGUUGUGUGGGAAAUAAUAACACAAGAGUAAAGAUGCUGAAGGACUUUUCCAGAAUUCAAAGUGGCAGUUUUGAAGGUUCUGGCACAGUAGGAAAGGAUCAUAACCCAUAUAAAUGGCUAAUGUUGAAUUUCUCUGAACACUAUCACAUGUGGGGCAUCAAUUUGGAAAACUCUCAAUUGAGGCCCCUUCCCUAAGAUUACAACCUUGAUAACCUGUCUUUUUCUCUCUCUUCUUUACUAUCCGUCCAAGUCUACUAUUCCAAGUUUAAAUAUUGUUCAGAAAGUUGUCAGCCUUGUUAGUCAGAAAAACUCCAUUUAGAGCCAUCCAAACUAGCAUAAGAAAUUCCUUAAGCACUCAAAGCAUUAUCUGUUUUAAGUAAGAAACUAAAUCCAGAUCUUUUAACAGGUACUUAGAAAUAGGUAUUGGGUAAUCACUAAGAGGACAUUGACUGCACCAAACCAAAGCUAUAGAAAGAAAUGAUUGACUUUUUAAAAUAUAUUCACAUUAACUGUCCUAGGAUACUUCUCUUGAGGCUUUGGGAAACUUCUUCCUUGAAAUUUGCAUAUCCACUCCAGUUCUGUCACCAAAGAUUUUAAUCUUCAGAGCCCAAUUUCCUUGCUCCCAGAAAAAAGUACUACAACGGGCUCAAGGGAUAUGCUUAGGUGGUCAAGGGAUUACACUUUGGUUUUCCUUCUGUUCACAAUGGUAUUUACAGGAGACCUUGUCAUCAGAGGACGUACUGAACUAUCUUUAUGACUUUGGAUUUGAUCAGAGGUUUAAAAAAUAGAAAAAAAAAUAAACAACACUACUUGACACUGUAAAUGAUCUUUAAUAGAGUCAUGACCUGGAGACUGAUGGAGAGAAAGAAACUUCCAUGGAAGAGAGUGAGCUAAAUCAUUUAGAACCAAACAAAGGUCACUGGUGAAACAUAGGGCAGCAUGUACGCAGUGCAGAUCAGGGUUCUGUAUGGCCAGAGCCAAGAGCAGUGACCGGUGGGAGAGUCAGACAACUGGCCAAUGAAUUCAAGUAUUGAAAAAGCCACAGUCUGGAUUUUGUUGUGAUUGCUGGAGUGGUUGAAACGCCCAUGCCCAUGGCAAGGAAAAUGCUUGGAGGCUGAUCUGUUGUGAUAGUGCCUUUUUUGUCGUAGUGAGUACUAGAUUAAUAAUUUAUUCAGUUACACUUUUCUGUACCAUUGCCUCCAGUCUUCUGAGGAGGUUUGAAGGGAUAGUAUCCACUUAGGAUGAAGGGACAGGAUAUUGCUCUGGAAUGCUGUGAUUUGAUGAUAUUUGCACUAGAUUCUAAACUCUCCUUUAAACUGGAGCAACUGACUGAGAGAAAAACCAAGGACAGCUCAAAGUUAAAAGAAACCAAAAGCAGUAUUUUCUGACAGAUACCAUUUCUUUUUCUUCUUUUUUUUUUUUUCCUGGAAGAAAACUUCACACUAGUUGGCUACCGAGCUCAACUCUUACCAGUUCUUUUUCUUUAUUUUUUGUUUCCAUAUGGAACCAUCUGUGUGAAUUAGUCAUCAGUUAGGUAUAGUUAAUGUAAAGAGCCCCUGCCAUUGAAACUUUGCACACCUUCUCUGCCUUACUGAAGGCAAGGGCCAGUGGGCAGUGGUAGCAGGGGAGGCACCCUCCAGAACCACCCAGCCCUGCAGGAGGCCAAUAAGCAUGGAUAUCAUGUCAGGAGCUGAGCUGACAUAUAUUUACUCAGAGGACAUUGGGGUCUGUAGCUAAUCCUAAAGAAUGCUCUGCAACAGAAGGAAACCAAUGCAUUGUAGAAAACAAAGGGAGAUGGUGCCCGAAGUCUGCCUGUUUCUCUUCUCUUUUCUUUCCCAUCUCACCACCAUGUCCUCUCUAACAGAAUUAUAUUUCAUCUCAUAUAUUAUAUGUUACUAGAAAAGUCACUUGGUUCCUUGGUUUCUCUCUUUAUCAGUGGGCUGGAAAUUCCUCCAAAUUAAAUACAAAUACCAGUAGCAGCUCCCCUGUGUCCAGCCAAUUUCUCAAAUGCUGUCCACCUGGUCUUACUGUCCACCUAACAUAACUUGGAGGCUUUGGCUGGCUCAACCACCUGUUCACUUUAUUUUGUUUUCAUUUCCAUUUGAACUUGAAGUGAGGCUAUGGAAAGGUGGAAAUCAUGGGCAAGGUUUGGAGGCUGCAUUUCUAGGGCAUAGCUUGUCAGGAGUUUCUGUUAUCUCAAAUAUAUCUUUCUAUACCCCUUUUCAUUUUAAUCUGUUGCCCUGAUUAUAAUUUCUUUAUAUUUGUGGUUAUUUUUAUAAGAAUAGAGUCCAUUUGCUAUGUCUAUUUGAGUACUUUUUUUCUAUUGUCCCCACAUGGAUGCAGUACCAACCUGUUAAUGAAAUAUCUUUUUAUUAUAUUAUUAAUAUGUAAUUCUACUGUAGACCAAAAAUAUAAAAACAAAUUUGUUCAUUUUAAAGAUAUAAAGAACUAGGGAGUAAAAGAUUAAAAGUUGAAGGAAAAGACAGAAGAGCAGUGGUUAACUAUGUUGAGUUAGAAAUCUAAGAGUAGCCUUACCUGUUUUUUAACCAGUGCUUGCCAAUCAUACCAUAGUUGGAAUUACGUAAUCUUGGCUCCUUCAUGCUUGUGUUCUAUAAUUCUUGUUUGUCUAUUUGUUUUCUUUGAUGUAAUUGAGGUUGCACAUCAUGCUAUUCUUGGCAAUGCCUGAUUCUAUUGUAUUGUACUUUUGUUAGUCAUUUCCUUUAGAAAGAUGGGGGGAAACGUUUAUUUCUUCUUUUAAUUUAAAAUUUGUUUAAUGCACUGGAAAUAAAAUUGGACACAUUUCACUGUUUAAAAAAUCAGAAACAAAACAAAGCAAAACCAUGAGGGAAAAAACCAGCAAAUAAGCAACAGGGAAAAAAAGCUAUGAAAAAAAUAUAUUUGUACUGAGUACACAUACAAAUUACAUCCCACAUGAAAGAUUAAUAUCAUCAAGUAAGAAAAAUACAUAGUUUAAACUACAACGCUGAAAAUAUAAAAGGAACCUGGUAGUUCAGUGGGGGUGGAGAAAACAGAGCAUUCCUCUGAGAGCAGAGAUCUUGUCAUUAUUGCAAUUAAUGCCCAAACAGGUUAAAUGUGGAAGAAAGUAUGGAGGAAACAAUCCCAGCCUUCGCAUACCACUGGAUUUCCACAUUACCUUUUAACUUAUGCUUGAGCUCCCUUUUGAGAAAAAAUAUUUAAAAACAAAUUUGCUGUGUAACAAAUUUGUGUGUGUGUAUAUAUAUAUGUAUAUGCUUAUAUGUAUAUGCAUAUAUAUAUGUAUAUGCUUAUAUGUAUAUGCAUAUAUAUAUGUAUAUGCUUAUAUAUAUAUGUAUAUGCUUGAGAAAGUGGUUUGUCGAGAUGUAUGUGUACAGUACACACAUGGACACGCUUCAGUCCUCUGACUUCCCAUGUGCUACCUCAUGUGUUUCUCUUCUCAUGAGGAUUUGCAAUGGAUAGUUGUACAACCUGGGGACUGUCAGUGACUCAUUGGUAUCAGCAUAUGCUAAAGAAGCUCUUGAAUCCAAUCUUGAAACCUGAUCUCCCUUCUUCAACAUUCCCCAAUACCAAACUGGCCCGUUUACCCAUACAAAUGCACAGUAAAGGGAAGAACAGCGGUAUUUUUCCUAGCCAACUGACUCUAUCAUUUGUUUAAUGUUUGCUGGUUUUUUUCUGGUUUUGUUUUGUUUUAGAGCAGGGGUGGGAGUGGAUGUAACUUCACAAUCCUAAUACAGUAAAUGUUUUGCAUCUUCCAUGUUUUAUGCAAAAACAGACAUUUAAAUCAAUAAAUAAUUGUGCCCUAGACUGAAAGUUAAUGUUUAGGAGAGGAAAAAAAUUGUUGGAAUUUUUUCUACAUUUUUUUGUGAAGAAUCUUUUUUGGAAAGGAAGGAUACAUAUUUUUGUUGUGUAAUAUUUUCUAUUUUUGAAUGCAUUUUAUUGGUACAAGACUGUUUUUUUGGUGAAGACAUUAUUUAAAAAAAAAAAAAGAAAAAAACUAAUCGAAAAGUUUGCCCUUAAGGAUAUGCUGCAGUUUUGAGGUUAAAAAAAAAAUAACUGAUUCAAGAUGCGUGUUAAAAGUUGGGAUUAUAUUGUUGUUUUUUGUAAUUGUUACAAGAAGAAGUUUGUACCCACUGCUGUUUAUUUUGUUUCAGAUGAGUAAGUAAAGGGAUUGUUCUUGUUUUAUUCUUUUUUUAGAGAAAAAAAAGCUAUUUAUGAAAUGUCAAAAACACUGGACUGUGAGUUUAAGUGUGGAAGCAUUUUACCACCCUGUGUCUUCAACCAAUUAUGGGAAACCCCUUUUCUCUUCCCCCUACCCCCCGCCUUAGCCUUGCCAAAUGAGAAAAAUAUUAACAGCUGUCAGAUGAUCAAAGCCACCGAAGCCCUGCUUUAAUUUUUAUGGUUUGAAAAAGUUGGAAAACCAAAGUUAAAUUUGUUUCUGAAAUCCUGCUGUGCGUUGCCCUUUUUUGUAUGACACAGCCGGGCUCUGCCUCUCUAUCUCAAAUCAUUGCCUUCUUAGGGACUGGGGGCCAACCUGAUGCAAAGAGAGGCAUAAAGGUGGUGAGCCUGAGAGUUGAGGUCUCACGAAGUAAAAUGUGAGUGGGACUUCACCCUCUCAGUGGGCAACCACACUUUCCCAUCCUGAGAUGAGGCUGCCAAGAGAGCACACUGCUAACACUGCCUGAGGAGAGCACGCCUCCCGUCUCCUUCACCCUCUGCUUCUGAGACCCUCCUGUUACUGUUAUCAUCGUUCUCUAGCAUGGCUCUGCCUUUCUCAGCAGCCCACAUUCCAUGGAUGGGAGCAGGGGGGCAGGGACCCAAAGGAGGGAAAUGGCUGUGGGUGGUGUGAAGGCCCCCCAGCCCUCAGGAAGGUGGGGCAAGGGACCACUGAGCACAAGGGAUCUUGCCCACCUCCUCUUUGACUCUGUGGAUUGUCCAUCCAUCUGCUCACUGUGAAGAUGGAGAGGCAGUGCCCUAAGGCUGUUCAAUAGCUUUUCCAUAUUUUUUCAACAUUGAAAAAAUAAUUUUUAAAAACUGUGAUUUUUUAAAAAAAUCAUUUGGCUGGAGGGAAGGGAAAAGGGAAACACCAAAAGCUGUACCAUGAUGAACUGGAGAUAUUUAACUGGGGCACUUUCCAGACCAAGACAAACAAAUUCCUUUCUGGACUCCAAAGCAGCCGAAUCUUGAGACUGUCAAUGAUAGAAAGCUGAAGAGAGGCCUCUGUUUCUUCCUUUCUCCUUUCUUCUGUCUAAAAACUCUCUCUUGUUCCCCUUUUCCAGCUUCCCUUGGACUACUGCCCCAAUGGCCUCUUGGACUCGCAUUUCAUGUAUGCGAGCACACACACACACAAACUUGCAAAAUACCGUUUUUCUUAAGGAUUGUGGGACCGAAUAAUAUCACGUGCCUUCAUCUUUUCCUUUUAUAGUUAGAUGAACCUCUUCCUCUUUACAAUUUUUUUAAAAAGUGAUAGGGGAGGUUUAUGUGUUAGUGGAAGAUUUGGGCAUCGUUUGAGAAGUACUUUUGUUUAACACAUUCACCCUCAACAUUGAACACAAACAUUUCAACCCCUUCAUGACACUCUUUGGACAUUUAAAGCAUUGAGUAACCAUGUACAUAACAGCCUAAAUCCAUUUGAUUUCAGAGCAUUUCCUGAACAUUCUAUUUCAUAGACUUCUUUGAUUUUUUCAAAAAUGAGGUGAGCAAUGGCAAGCAGCCUUGUUCUCCCAAUUUGGUGCUUUUGCUUUGGGUGUGGGGUGGGCAUGGGGGGUUGGGGGGGUGUGGGUGUGUUUAGAAAAAAGGUGCAUUCCUGAAGAUCUCUGGUGCUGAAGGGCCUCGAGUUCCUUUCAGAGACUGUAUUUGACACACUUUAGGUACACACAAACGAAUGGUAUCACAUGCAAUAUUUUAAUGGAGCAAUGGGAGAGGCUCUUUGAAAUGGGGUUUGCAUCUUUUUGUAACAUUUUGAUUUAUCUGGUGCCUUAUUCCUACUUGAUGCUGGCACUCACAUACCCACAAGAAGCUGACACAGAAGUCAGCCUUAGACGUGGGGACAUAUGGGUGAUGUUUGAGCAUGCAGGGGCCAUGGGGAGUUUGGUGUCAGUUGGUGGAGACGGGACUAGAUGGCAUCUCUUAGCCGAGGCCAACAGGAACUGCACAAGUCCAUUAUAGUCAAAGUUAGCAAUUUUGAUACGUAAACACAAUACUUCAUUCUUCCUCAUCUGAGCUUUCCUUCCUUCUUCCUUUUCUAUCUCUACCUUCUCAUAAAGGUGCUGCUGCUGCUGCUAAGGUGCCCAGAGUCCAGAAUGUCCAUUAAUCACUCAGGCACAAGCCUGGCACUGCCACGUCAGCCCCCAGCACGACCAAACCCAGGUUUCUCUUGCUUGGGGCUGAGAAAUGUCAGAUUUUUCUCAUCAAAAGUGUUUUCCAAGGAAUCAGUGGAUUACAGUUUUUCUGCAUUGAAAAUGCACUUUAAAAAAUAAAUUAAAGCUCCAGACUGUUUAAAAUAUACAGAGGGAGCAGGGGAAAGUUAAGCAUGUGCUAGUGUCUGAACCCAGUUCAGUUUAUCUCCAGUUAAAACGAUAUACACUAUAUUAUGUAUAAAUGUAUACACACUUCCUAUAUGUAUCCACAUAUAUAUAGUGUAUAUAUUAUACAUGUAUAGGUGUGUAUAUGUGCAUAUAUACACACAUGCACAUAACAAAAUCAGAUGCUCAUUACAAAUCCAGAUGCUCAUUACAAAACCAGAUGCUACACAAACAGCAGCAGAGGAAACAAGGUUGGACUCUUGCAACAGAUCACAAAAAAUAAAAACAGCUACUUGCAGUGACUUUGGUCAUUUCUGUAUGUUCAUAAAGAAUGGAUUGUAACAAGGAAAAAAAGGAACAGUGUUAGUGAAAAAGGAAAAAUGGGCGAAACCAUCUUGAUCCGAUGCAAAUGCAGUAAUGUUCUAUACCAUUUCAUCAGUUAUUUCUUUUAGUCAUGUUGAUUUGAUUUCAGUUUCUGGCUAUGAAAAACAUUUCUAAACUCAAGUGACCCACAACAAACUGAACAAAACUACUACAGUGAAAGCCCUUUUCAGUGAAAGAUGUCAGAAACCUCAAAACCCUUGGCCUGACUCAGAACUACCAUGUGAAAAUCAGUACUCUCUUAAUGUUUGAAAUAAAAACUGAAAAAAAAAAAAAAAAAAAAAAAAACUUUUUUGAAGCACCUUAACGUGGCCAUCCAUUUGAGAAGUGGGUGCCACUUUUUUCUUUGAGCACCUUAUUGAUGUGUUUGCUAUCUGCUGUCUUUCUGUUACCUGUUGGCUGAAUGGCUAGCUGUUAACAUACACAUGUGCACAGAAGAGAUAUCUGGGCAUGUAUGUUCUCAAUGAAGUUUACUGGGGUGACUGCUGAAAGGUGAACCCAUUUCCUGAUUUUCCCGCCGCAGUGUUGUGAUAAGAUUCGAAGAAACCUUUUUCCCUGCACAGAAAUGUUUCUUAUCACAUUGUAUCUUAGUAUGGAAAGGAAUAUGGUCCCUUUUUUGCAAUUGCUACUGUGUACGCACACACACACACACACACACACACACACUGUAUAUUUAGACCUAAAAUACACACACGCACACACACAUACAUAUCCAUUCAUUCAUUCGUUCAAGUGGUGUUUUCAGUGUCUGUGUGUCACUGUUUAUGCAGUUUCCAUUUCCCAGUGAAUUAUGAGUGGAGGGCAACUUUUCUAACCAGAUUGUCUUUUCAGAACAAAGACCUGGGAAUUGAGGAAGAGUUUGGAAAGAGGGAGAGGCAAGGAAAGAGAGCUUUAAAUUGAAAGGUUAAUUUCCUAAGAGGAACCUGGGCUGAAUGACUACAGUGUUAUACCCUCCAAUCUUUGCAGGUGGGCAUGGAACACUGCUUGUAUCACUCUGUGCACGGUAUAAAUCCAUAGAUCCACAAAAACACACAUCCAUCCAUCAACAUAUACAUGGUUUGGGAUGAGCAGGUCAAUAGUUUUGAGAGGGAGUUUGUUCCUUUUUUUUUCUCAUUAUACUCUUACAUUUUUGUCAGUUAUCAAACAAACAAACAGAAAAAUUGUUUGGAAAAACCUUGCAUACGCCUUUUCUAUCAAGUGCUUUAAAAUAUAGACUAAAUACACACAUCCUGCCAGUUUUUUCUUACAGUGACAGUAUCCUUACCUGCCAUUUAAUAUUAGCCUCGUAUUUUUCUCACGUAUAUUUACCUGUGACUUGUAUUUGUUAUUUAAACAGGAAAAAAACAUUCAAAAAAAGAAAAAUUAACUGUAGCGCUUCAUUAUACUAUUAUAUUAUUAUUAUUAUUGUGACAUUUUGGAAUACUGUGAAGUUUUAUCUCUUGCAUAUACUUUAUACGGAAGUAUUACGCCUUAAAAAUACGAAAAUAAAUUUUACAAGGUUUCUGUUUUGUGUGGAAGAGUAAUUGAUGUUGCUAAGAAUGAUGUUUGUUUUUUGGGGUUUUUGUUGUUUUUUUUUUUUAAAUGUUACCAGCACUUUUUUUGUAAGUUUCACUUUCCGAGGUAUUGUACAAGUUCACACUGUUUGUGAAGUUUGAAUAUGAAGGAAUAAUUAAAAAAAAAAAAACUCUUC